AGUCAGAUUUUCGUCUUCUUUCAAGUCGGUUUGGUCCAUUAAAAAUAUAAAAAGCCCAAAUUGAAGUUCGGCUAUUGAAACCCGCUCCAUGUACAAGAAUUAUUUAUGUAAUAUUGAAAGUUUACCGAGUCUCGCAUCGAAAAAUUUAGCUUAAAAAGCAUUUCAGUCGCUGUGUGUACAGAUCGAUAUAAAUACAAUUAUUGUUGUUUCUGUUUCCUAAAAUAAAAAUAAAAGAAAAAUUUCGGGGGCAUUUAUUGAAGUUGUGUGAAUGAUACAAAUUCUGUAAACUUAGUAAUGCUUGAAAUUCAAGCUUAUUUCUCAUCGAAGGCACAUGUGCGGGCUACGAUUUAGAACAAGAAACAGUCCGUCUCAAAAGACGUCCUUACGUUGGGGCGAUAGCUGUUUUUAACGGAACUUUUAACAUUCAAAUAUAUUUAACACAAAAAACUAAGAAAGUUCACUAUUUUGUUGUAAGAUACACAUAAAAAAAACUAUUUUUGACUGUUGCAAAACGAAAACAUUUUUUUGCAAAAAAGUGUGGAAAUUAUUUUAAAAAUAAAUUAAAAAUUUAACACAAAAAACCCCUAAUACAGAAACGUCGUCUAACGUGCGUAAAACAAUAUUUUUUCUGUGUCUGAUGCAUGAUGUAUUAUUUAAAUGGGAAUUUGUCUGUGAUGUGCUACACCUAAACGUUAGUAGACGAAAGGGAAAUAAUUAGUUUUUGAAUAAUUUAUUUAGAUUCGUAAGGAAAACAAACACAAAAACAAGGAAAAUAAAAUGGCUGAUGUUAAUAUUGCCGGUGUUGUGAGCAUUGUAUUAUUCUAUUUGCUCAUUUUGGGCGUGGGAAUUUGGGCUGGACGAAAGAAAGAAGAAGGAAAUGACUCUGAAGAGGAAGUUAUGUUGGCCGGUCGAUCGAUCGGCCUAUUUGUUGGCAUAUUUACAAUGACAGCAACUUGGGUUGGCGGUGGCUACAUCAAUGGUACAGCAGAAGCCAUCUACACAUCAGGAUUGGUAUGGUGUCAAGCACCAUUCGGUUAUGCACUGAGCUUAGUUUUCGGUGGAAUAUUUUUUGCAAAUCCGAUGAGACGCCAAGGAUACAUAACAAUGUUGGAUCCACUACAAGAUUCAUUCGGCGAACGAAUGGGCGGAUUGCUGUUCCUUCCCGCACUGUGUGGUGAAGUAUUUUGGGCUGCUGGUAUAUUGGCCGCUUUAGGAGCCACACUUGCGGUUAUUAUUGACAUGGAUAAGUGUACAUCAGUUAUAUUGUCUGCGUGUAUUGCCGUAUUCUAUACACUCUUUGGAGGUUUAUAUUCGGUGGCAUAUACCGAUGUUAUUCAACUGUUCUGCAUUUUCAUCGGUCUGUGGAUGUGCAUUCCAUUCGCAUGGACUAAUGAUCAUGUCAAAAGUUUGUCGGACAUGGAAGUGGAUUGGAUAGGUCAGGUGGAACCGAAACAACAGUGGUAUUAUAUAGAUAAUGGACUGCUGUUGAUAUUUGGUGGAAUUCCUUGGCAGGUCUACUUCCAAAGAGUUUUGUCCAGUAAAACAGCUGGACGGGCACAAAUUCUGUCUUACGUAGCAGCGUUUGGAUGCAUUCUGAUGGCAAUACCUCCCGUUAUGAUUGGAGCUAUUGCAAAAGCUACACCUUGGAACGAGACCGGUUACAAGGGACCGUAUCCACUAACAGAAGAAGAAACCAGCAUGAUCUUACCAAUGGUAUUGCAAUACUUGACACCAAGUUUUGUAUCGUUCUUUGGUUUGGGUGCAGUAUCCGCAGCUGUAAUGUCAUCAGCCGAUUCGUCUGUUCUGUCCGCCGCAUCGAUGUUCGCACGUAACGUGUACAAAUUGAUAUUUCGACAAAAUGCAUCUGAAAUGGAAAUUAUAUGGGUUAUGCGUGUCGGAAUAUGUGUCGUCGGUGUACUGUCUACCGUUAUGGCUCUAACGAUUCCAUCUAUUUAUGGAUUAUGGUCAAUGUGCUCCGAUUUGGUGUACUGUAUUCUAUUUCCACAGCUGCUAAUGGUUGUUCACUUCAAACACCACUGCAACACGUACGGAAGUUUGUCAGCAUAUAUCGUUGCAUUUUUGGUACGCUUGUCCGGCGGUGAACCUCAAUUGGGCUUGAAAGCAUUGAUUCAUUAUCCGGGCUUCGAUUAUGAAACAGGAACGCAGCUGUUCCCAUUCAGAACGAUGGCGAUGUUGAUGAGUCUGGUUACACUCAUUGGUGUUUCAUGGUGGACAAAAUGGAUAUUUGAAACUGGUCGCCUGGCGCCUGGUUAUGAUUACUUCAGAUGUGUGGUCAAUAUUCCAGAGGACGUAGUUCGGGUAGAAGAACCGUCUGAAGUGGGUGAACAGAUGUCAGUUAUGGCCGGUCCAAUGGGACGGAUGUAUGGGGCAGCAACAAUGGUUGGCAAAGAUGAAAUGAAUGGACGUAUUAAUCCAGCCAUGGAACCAGACGAUGAUCUGCCAAUUGCUGAAGCACAAAAAAGUAAACUAUUGAUUGGGGGUGGAGCAGGGUCAGUGCCAAGCACAGCUAAAGGACAAACUGCCUUCUAAUCAAUUUUAGAAAAUAAUUUAAACAAAAAAAAAUUAAUGAAACAAACUGUGGUAGGAAUCAACAUUAUACGCAGAAAUUUUAGAUUUAUACUCAGGUUUGGGUGAUAAAACUAUGAGGGAGAAAGUACUAAAAAUACAUUGAUAGGUAAAAAAAGCGAUACAUUAAACAUUAAACGAUAAGUUAGAGUGAAAAAAAAAAUGAAAAUCAUAAAAACCAAACAUAUCAUACACGAACAAUUGUGUAAAAUGCAACCGAAAUACAUAUCAAGCACCUACCAAUAUAUUUAAUAUUAGGUGGAAUAUCAAAAAGAGAAUAGAAAAUAGUUUAAUGCAUUUCCGUUUUUUAUGUUUCUAGUAUACGUGUAUGCCUUUGCCGUUUAUGUUGACAGAGAGGGGUAGAGAGAAGAUAGUAUUUGUCAUCUUGUUAUUCAUUCUUAGAGGAAGUAUACUUCAUUUCUAUUGACAAUUUUAUUUUAUGUGAUAACAGGAACUACAAAAUGAAAAGUUAAAUUCGGAGGAAUUGAAUCGUAUUAAAGUAAUCUUUCGGAACAAUACAUCAGCUUCGAAAUAAUUUUUUGUUUAUUAACAAUGUAACAAUCACUUUUUGAAGCAACAGAUCUAAAGGUGUGACAUCCUUACCAGGACAACAAUUAACCAUGGCUAUUUUGACGAAGAAAACUUUAUUCUAAGCAAAAA